AUGGCCGCUUGCCGUUUGGCAGCCAGCGCAGCUGUGCCAACCUCUUACUGUUCCCCUCCCCCAGUCUCAACUAUUGAGCCUUCAGCCAGCCAGAUCUCGGCCACAGCGGCAACAGCCACGGCAGUCUCUUCCACAAGCAACGUCAAAGGACUUGCCUUUAGCCGCUUCUACCAGAUCUGGCUGGAGAACAUUGACUUCUCGGAAGCCGCCGGAGACCCAAACCAAGCAUGGCUGGCAGACCAAGGCAUCACGCUCAGCAACUACUGGGCGACCACUCAUCCCUCGGAGCCCAACUACUGCGCGGCAGCCGGUGGGGACAACUUCGGAAUGGACAGCGACGACUUCCACGCCAUCCCCGAAGACAUUGCUACCGUGGUCGAUCUCCUCGAGACCAAGGGUAUUUCGUGGGCCGAGUAUCAGGAACACAUCCCAUUCCCAGGGUUCCAGGGUUACAACUACUCCAACCAACAGACCUUCCAUGAUGACUACGUCCGCAAGCACAACCCUUUGAUUCUGUACCAGUCGAUCACCAACAACGCCACCCGGUCGGAGCUGAUCAAGGGAUUCGAUGAUUUCGGGAACGACCUCAAAGACCACAACCUUCCCCAGUGGGCUUUCAUCACACCGAACAUGACCAACGACGCCCACGACACCAACAUCACGUUUGGUGCUCGCUGGGAACGCAACUGGCUUGAGCCGCUGCUGAAGGACGAGUACUUCAUGAACGACACCCUAGUCCUUUUGACCUUUGACGAGAACGAAACCUACGAAGUCGAAAACAAGAUCUUCUCGGUCCUGAUUGGCGGCGCUGUGCCUGAAGAACUGCGUGGAACCACCGACGCCACCUUCUACAACCACUACUCGACCAUCGCCUCCGUUUCGCAGAACUGGGGUCUCCCGUCCCUAGGCCGCUGGGACUGCUCGGCCAACGUCUUCGAGCUGGUGGCCAACAAGACCGGCUACCAGAACGCUGCCAUUGACCUGAACGAUGAGGCCAUCUUCUAUAACUCCUCCUACCCUGGCCCGUUGUCGAAGAAGAAGUAUAUCCCUACCUGGCCGGUGCCGACAAACUCCUCCACAUGCGCCAACGGAAUGGGUGUCUUGGACUCGGUGGUGCAGUCGAUCAAGGGCCAAGCUCCUACCUACAAUUACAGUAGCCCGUAUCCUUACGACCCGGUCUCUGGACUCGAUGUCCCCCAUGACACGACCAAGGCUCCUCCGAAAUAG